AUGCUCUUUGAGGGCUUGGAGCUGGUGUCCGCGCUGGCCACCCUUGCCGCGUGCCUGGUGUCCGUGACGCUGCUACUGGCCGUGUCGCAGCAGCUGUGGCAGCUGCGCUGGGCUGCCACUCGCGACAAGAGCUGCAAGCUGCCCAUCCCCAAGGGUUCCAUGGGCUUCCCGCUCAUCGGAGAGACCGGCCACUGGCUGCUGCAGGGUUCUGGCUUCCAGUCGUCCCGGAGGGAGAAGUAUGGCAACGUGUUCAAGACGCAUUUGCUGGGGCGACCGCUGAUACGCGUGACGGGCGCAGAGAACGUGCGCAAGAUUCUCAUGGGCGAGCACCACCUCGUGAGCACCGAGUGGCCUCGAAGUACGCGCAUGCUUCUAGGGCCCAACACGGUGGCAAACUCCAUCGGUGACAUCCACCGCAACAAGCGCAAGGUCUUUUCCAAGAUAUUCAGCCAUGAGGCCCUGGAGAGCUACCUGCCCAAGAUCCAGCUGGUGAUCCAGGACACCCUGCGUGCCUGGAGCAGCCACCCUGAGGCCAUCAAUGUGUACCAGGAGGCUCAGAAGCUUACCUUCCGCAUGGCCAUCCGGGUGCUGCUGGGCUUCAGCAUUCCCGAGGAGGACCUUGGGCACCUUUUUGAGGUCUACCAGCAGUUUGUGGAGAAUGUCUUUUCCCUGCCUGUCGACUUGCCCUUCAGUGGCUACCGGAGGGGCAUUCAGGCACGGCAGACCCUGCAGAAGGGGCUGGAGAAGGCCAUCCGGGAGAAGCUGCAGUGCACCCAGGGCAAAGACUACUCAGAUGCGCUGGACAUCCUCAUUGAAAGCAGCAAGGAGCAUGGGAAGGAGAUGACCAUGCAAGAGCUGAAGGAUGGGACCCUGGAGCUGAUCUUCGCGGCCUACGCCACCACGGCCAGCGCCAGCACCUCACUGAUCAUGCAGCUGCUGAAGCACCCUGCUGUGCUGGAGAAGCUGCGGGAAGAGCUGCGGGCCCAGGGCAUCCUGCACAGUGGGGGCUGCCCCUGCGAGGGCACCCUACGCCUUGACACGCUCAGCGGGCUACGCUACCUGGACUGUGUCAUCAAGGAAGUCAUGCGCCUCUUCACACCCAUUUCCGGCGGCUACCGCACUGUGCUGCAGACCUUUGAGCUCGAUGGUUUCCAGAUUCCCAAAGGCUGGAGUGUCAUGUACAGCAUCCGGGAUACCCACGACACAGCACCUGUGUUCAAAGAUGUGAACGUGUUUGACCCUGACCGCUUCAGUCAGGCACGGAGCGAGGACAAGGAUGGCCGCUUCCAUUACCUCCCGUUCGGCGGUGGCGUCCGGACCUGCCUGGGCAAGCAUCUGGCCAAGCUCUUCCUAAAAGUGCUGGCAGUGGAGCUAGCCAGCACAAGCCGUUUCGAGCUGGCCACCCGGACCUUCCCCCGCAUCACCCUGGUCCCUGUCCUGCACCCUGUGGAUGGCCUCAGUGUCAAGUUCUUUGGCCUGGACUCCAAUCAGAACAAGAUCCUGCCAGAGACGGAGGCCAUGCUGAGUGCCACAGUGUAGCCCCACUCCAGCCACACCCACCUCAGCCCCAUCAUGGGGUGGGGGUGGUGGGAGGUAGAAACCUGUGUGUGGAAGGGGGCCAAACCUGGGGAGGGUGAGUGGCCCCCAUACUUGCCCUUCCUGGCUCCCACUCCCUGGCAAACCCUAUUCAAAGCCA